AUGGCUUCUUCUAGCUUUGAAAGUUCUCGCAUGGCGUCCAACUACAAAAGCCACAACAAUGGGAUGUUCCAUCCACCUACCCAGGUGGUGGUUGUGGUGGUCCCUUUCCCUGCGCAGGGCCACCUCAACCAGCUCCUCCACCUCUCUCGCCUCAUCUUGGCUCACAACAUCCCUCUCCACUUCGUUGGCUCUCCCACCCACAACCGCCAAGCCAUAGUUCGUGCUCAAGGUUGGGAUCCAAACUCCAGUUCCCACAUUCACUUUCAUGACUUCAAUGUUCCUCCUUUUCUCUCACCUCCCCCGAACCCCAAUGCCCCAACAAAAUUCCCCUCCCAUCUUCUUCCCUCCUUUAAGGCCUCCACGAGCCUCCGUGGACCUGUUUUUGCACUCCUGCAAUCGCUCUCACUUGUGGCCAAAAGGGUCGUUGUCAUCUACGACUCCCUCAUGGCUUCUGUGGUGCAAGAUGCCAUCCAUGUCUCCAACUGCGAGACCUACACUUUCCAUAGCGUCUCGGCCUUCACCAUGUUCUUGUACUUUUGGGACGUAAUGGGGAGGCCUCCGGUUAAGAAGAUGGCCCAAAUCGUGCCGGAAGUCCCCUCCCUUGAAGGGUGCUUCACCACCCAAUUCCUUGAUUUCAUCAGCUCACAGUAUGUGUUUCACAAGUUCAGCAAAGGGACCAUAUACAACACCACAAGGGCGAUUGAGGGGCCUUACAUGGAGCUGAUAGAGAGGAUCAUGAGUAGCAAGACCCAUUGGGCCUUGGGGCCCUUCAACCCCUUGUCCAUUGAAAAGGGUGAAAAAAGGCAGCACUUUUCCAUUGAGUGGCUUGACAGGCAAGAGGCAAGGUCAGUGAUGUAUGUGUCCUUUGGGACAACAACAUGCUUCUCCCAGGACCAAAUCAAGGAGGUUGCAAGUGGGUUGGAGAAGAGCAAGCAAAAGUUCAUUUGGGUUGUGAGGGAUGCUGACAAGGGAGAUGUUUUCAAAGGGUCCAGUUCUGAGCUUGUUCUCCCAAAGGGGUUUGAAGAGAGAGUGAAAGACAUUGGGUUGGUGGUGAGAGAGUGGGCACCCCAAUUGGAGAUCCUUAGCCACACUUCAACUGGGGGGUUCAUGAGUCACUGUGGAUGGAACUCUUGCAUGGAGAGCAUCUCCAUGGGAGUGCCAAUAGCAGCAUGGCCUAUGCACUCUGACCAGCCAAGGAAUAGAGUUUUGGUGACUGAAGUGCUCAAGGUUGGGGUGAUGGUGAAAGAUUGGGACCACAGGGCUGAGUUGGUGACAGCAUCGGAUGUUGAGAAUGCCGUGAAGAAACUGAUGGCAACCAAAGAGGGUGAUGAGAUGAGACAAAGGGCCAUGAACCUCAAAAAUCUCAUUUUCAAAUCCAGGGAUGAAGGUGGAGUUUCUCGGGUGGAAUUGGAUGAUUUCAUUGCUCACGUCACUCGAUAG